GCGGAAGUUUGGAGGUUGUGCGCAAGUGGCUGAUACUAGGAUACCAGCUGAGCGAAACCCGAGGGAAAAAUAAAAGUCGCUUCUAGUCGUGAGAUUAAAGCGGCGCUUGCAGGAGAAAGGGUUCGGAAAUGAAGAGCGCCAUGCGACCAGCUAAACCCCCUCGAAGACUCCCACCAAAAAAGCCUAGCACGAACCAGAAAGACCCAGUUGGAGUUUACUGCAGAGUGCGCCCUUUAAGCCCCUCUGAUCAGGAGUGCUGUAUUGAGGUUAUCAAUGAGACCACAGUGCAGCUGCAUCCACCAGAUGGCUGCAAGGCCAAUCGGAACGGGGAAUACAAAGAGACCCAGUAUUCUUAUAAACAAGUGUUUGGGACUCAGGUGACCCAAAAGGAGUUGUUUGAUGUUGUCUCCAGGCCGCUAGUGGAAGAUGUUAUCCGGGGUAAAAAUGGGCUUCUCUUCACAUACGGCGUGACUGGAAGUGGAAAAACGCAUACAAUGACUGGUUCUCCAGGGGAUGGUGGACUCCUGCCACGCUGUCUCAGCAUGAUUUUCAACAGCAUUGGCAACUUUCAAGCAAAGAGAUAUGUUUUUAAGCCUGAUGAUAAGAAUGGCAUGGAUGUGCAGAAUGAAGUUGAUGCUCUGUUAGAGAGGCAGAAGAGAGAGGUCCAGCCACAGUUGAUUACCAGAACGCCUUUGAGCAGGCAGCGAAUGGAUCCAGAGUUUGCAGAUAUGAUAAAUAUUCAGGAACAGUGCAAAGUAGAAGAUGUCGAUGAGGACAGUGUUUACAGUGUAUUUGUGUCCUAUAUUGAAAUCUACAACAACUAUAUCUAUGACCUGUUGGAGGAGGUGCCUUUGGAUCCCAUUAAACCAAAGUGGAACACGCCCGGAAGGAAUGCAGAGUUUAUACCACCACAGUCCAGAAUACUGCGUGAAGACUUGAACCACAACAUGUAUAUUGCAGGAUGUACAGAGGUUGAAGUCAAAUCUACUGAAGAGGCAUUUGAUAUCUUCUGGAAAGGUCAAAAGAGGAGACGGAUUGCAAACACUCAACUAAAUCGUGAAUCAAGCCGCUCCCACAGUGUCUUCAUGAUAAAGUUAGCACAGGCUCCCCUUGAUGCUGAUGGAGAUAAUGUUUUGCAGGAGCGGGAACAGAUCACUCUGAGCCAGCUUUCUCUUGUGGAUUUGGCAGGAAGCGAAAGGACAAACCGCACCAAGGCAGAGGGAAGCAGAUUACGUGAAGCAGGGAAUAUCAACCAAUCACUGAUGACUUUAAGAACCUGCAUAGAAGUCCUCCGAGAAAACCAACUCUGUGGAACAAACAAGAUGGUACCCUAUAGAGACUCCAAGUUAACUCAUCUGUUCAAGAAUUACUUUGAUGGGGAAGGGAAAGUACGUAUGAUUGUAUGUGUCAACCCUAAAGCUGAUGAUUUUGAGGAAAGCUUGCAAGUAAUGCGGUUUGCUGAGAUGACCCAGGAAGUUGAAGUGGCAAGACCUGUAGACAAGCCCAUUUGUGGUCUGACCCCAGGACGACGCUACAGAAACCAGGCGUUUAAGGAGGAGCUUACGCGCAGGUUGGAAGACCGUGGUGGGCCAAUUAAUGGGGAUGCAGAAGACCAGGCGGUAGUGGAGAUUCUGAUACAAAGCUUUCCUCCUCUCCCAUCCUGUGAGCUUUUGGAUGCUAAUGAUGAUCACACUCUCCCAAAACUCAUUGAGGUCCUGGAGAAACGGCGCAGGAUCAGGCAGAUGAUGGCUGAAGAAUUCAACAAAAAUGUUUCUACCUUUAGAGCUAUGCUGCAAGACCUAAAUGGUGUAGUUACAGCCAAAGAAAACAUUGCACAGGGGAGAAUGACAGAAAAAGACAAGAUGAUAGCCUCACAGAAAUCCGAAAUGGAACGUCUAGACAAGAAAAUAAAGACACUGGAAUAUAAGAUUGAUAUUUUGGAGAAGACAACAACAAUCUAUGAGGAUGAAAAACGCACAAUGCAACAAGACUUGGAUAGCCAUCAGCAGAAGCUGCAGCGGCAGCUAUCUGAUAAGAGAAGGCUGGAGGCUCGUCUGCAGGGAAUGAUGAAUGAGAAUGCUAUGAAAUGGGAGAAGGAAUGUGAGCGGCGUGUUGCAGCCAAACAGCUAGAGAUGCAAAACAAGCUUUGGGUAAAAGAUGAGAAGCUCAAACAACUUAAAGCAAUUGUGACAGAGACAAAGGGAGAUAAACCAGAGCGGCCACCCAGGGAGAAGGACAGAGAGCCAAGGGUACCUGUCAGAUCCAUUUCACCUUCACCUGCACCUCUCCUGGGUGACCCAGUUCCCCAGCCCACCCCUGCACGGUUGCAGCUGCACAGGCGCUCAAAUUCCUGCGGCAGCCUAUCCGUGGCCUCAUGUGUCACGCAGUGGGAACAGAGGACACCCCAGCACACCCCUCAGAGCAAUGGGUGCUCCAGCCGCAGGCGGAAGGAGCCAGAGGAAGCUAGAAAGAGUAAUUCAGCACAGAGCAGGCCAGCAGUUAAUGCAGCCAGUCUACAAACAGAUCUAGAAGAGGAUCAGUGUUUCAGGACUGCACCCCCGGUUCACCCCAGGCACCGUCGCUCGCGCUCAGCGGGGACAGAGAGAUGGGUAGAUCAUAAGCCAACCAGUAGCGUGGAGACUGACACAGUCAUGCAACCCCAUAUCCCCAAGUCCAUCAAAGUCUCUGUAGCCAGUGAAAAGGCACUGGCAAAAUGCGAAAAGUAUAUGUUGACACACCAGCAACUGGCUUCGGAUGGGGAGAUUGAGACUAAACUUAUUAAGGGUGAUGUAUUUAAAACACGUGGAGGUGGCCAAUCUGUCCAGUUCACAGACAUUGAAACACUCAGGCAGCAGUCUCCACCUUCAGGCGGCCGUAAGCGCAGAUCCUCCCCAUCUAAUCAGCCCCCGCAAGGAGAAACUACAGAUUCAGAGUGGACUGAUGUAGAAACCAGGUGUUCAGUUGCUGUAGAGAUGAGAGCUGGAUCAAAUCUGGGGCCUGGCUAUGAGCACCAUGGUGUGACCAAGCGAAGAAGACCUUGAACGCCCCAGCCCCUGGACACGUGUAUAUAUAAUAUAUCCCAAGCAGACUCUGACUGUCAGACUUGUGAAUAGUUAUAAGGGAGCUUCUGUUGCAGUCAGUGUGUGCAGCAACAAUGGACUUCGCGGAUCUCUAUAGAACAUAUUUAAUUCACGACAGAUUUUCUGCACGGUUCUGCUGCUGUAUUUUUUAUGCAACCUUUCAUGUAGUCAGAUUCUUCCUCCUCCCCUGUAGGUGGCGGAAUAUGAAAUUUGACUUCUUACUCUUGGUCAACCGUGAAAGGGUUUUUUAUCGAUAUUAAGAUAUAUAUUAUUUCUGAUCAUACUGUGUAGAAGAGGAAAUUGCUGCUGUAUGGCUAGUGGCAAGGAUGCACUUUACUCAAGCUUUCAUUUGGAUAUACACUGCAGUUAGUAGGUUAACAUGAUCCCGUAUCUGUCCUGGAACGUAUUAUACCCGAGAGCUACAGACUGGUUUGUUUAGGAAUAUACAGACUAGUUUUAGGGAUUAAUAAACUUUUCAUGGGAAAGCUGUAACACAAUGUGCAUUCCUGGGUUUUAUGCUGCUGUGUUUAUAUUUUUAUU